AUGCUUUUGUCGCGGUCACGUAAUAUAGCAAUUAAGACACAGCAUACACCCGUAGCUGGGACAGUCACACCAGUGGCCCCGGUUCAACAAAGAGUUCCCAAGAACUCUGGCAUAAAUGUCAAGCAACCUUUACAUCCUAUCAAGAACUACAAUGAAGAUCCCCUCGCCAAGAAUUUCCAAUACGACCUACUGACACCGAUCACUCAGGAGUUUCCGUGCCAUGCACACGUCUGUACCAUUGCUCUCCGCAAGGGUGAAUGUUUUGUCCUCCCUGCUACUACGAGGAAGAUGGAUUCUGAGUCAAAGCCAGUCCCAGACCCCACAGAUUCAUUUACCCAGAAUGAUUAUAGCAGCAAAAAGUCUGGGGAGGAGGCCAAUCUUCCAAAGUUACCUCUUCUGUUCAGUCAAUUUGAACUACGACAAGACAUAAUCCAUCGCUCCAAACAGACAGCUCAGGGUAUUGUUCCACAAAUUGUCAUAUCUGAUAUACUUCGUGCAACGGAUUUGUUACCUGAAGUGGCAGCCUCUAUUAACGGGUCGAUCAAUAGCUCCACGGGCAAAUCACCCUAUUAUAUUGUUUAUGGCAAAGACAAACGUCUACCCUAUGACAUACUUAUAGGCAAACCUUGCCCAGUCUACAAUGUGGACGAUUUCGCUACCAAGCAAAUCAGCAUUUUCACAGAUACUCAUGGCCAAGUACGGAAACAUUUAGCAGCGUCACACGCUGAAAUGACUUAUAUGCAACAUAAACAGGCUAAGCCUACAACACUAGAAAUUGGCGAUGCUGUUAUGAAUGGCUUGGAUCAUCGUAAUACUACUCCUACUCCUUUGUGGCACCACCAUGUCGUGGAUGCGUCCAUUACCUUAGACACCGCAGAGUACCCAGACACUGCAGUACACAGACCCCAAGAGUACUCCAGACACCGUGAGUACCCAGACACCGUGAAAGUACCUGUGACACCGCAGUACCCAGACACCGCAGUACUCCAGACACCGCAGUACCCAGACAACGCAGUACCCAGACACCGCAGUACUCCAGACAACGCAGGGUACCCAGACACCGCGAGUACCCAGACACCGCAGUACCCAGACACCGCAGUACACAGACACCGCAGCACCCAGACACCCCAGCACCCAGACACUGCAGCACCCAGACACCGCAGAGUACCCAGACACCGCAGACACAGACACCGCAGUACACAGACCCUGCGAGUACCCAGACACUGCAGUACCCAGACACCGCAGUACCCAGACACCGCAGUACACAGACCCCUGCAGCACCCAGACACUGCAGUACUCCAGACACCGCAGUACACAGACACCCCAGUACCCAGACACCGCAGUACACAGACACCGCGAGCCUCCAGACAACGCAGCACGCAGACACUGCAGUACCCAGACACUGCAGUACCCAGACACUGCAGUGCACCAGACACUGCAGGCACACAGACCCUGCAGUACCCAGACACUGCAGUACCCAGACACUGCAGUACACAGACACCGCAGUACCCAGACACGAGUACCCAGACACCGGUGAGGCACCCAGACACGGUGCACACAGACCUGCAGUACACAGACCCCUGCACGCAGUACACAGACACUGCAGUGCAUACAGACACUGCAGUACACAGACACUGCGAGUACACAGACACCGCACACAGACACCGUGCACAGACACCGCAGUACCCAGACACCGCAGUACACAAAACCCCGCAGUACACAGACCCUGCAUGCACACAGACACCGCAGUACCCAGACAACGAGUGCCACAGACACCGCAGUACACAAACCCCGAGUACCCAGACACCGCAGUACACAGAGACACCGCAGUACAACCCCGCGAGUACACAGACACCAAGAGUACUCCAGACACCCAGAGGCACACAAACCCCCUGCGAGUACCCAGAGACACUGCAGUACACAGACACUGCGAUACACAAACCCCGUAGUACCCAGACACCGCAGUACACAGACACCGUGAGUACACAGAGACCCUCAAGAGUACCCAGACACCGCAGUGCACACAGACACCGCAGUACACAGACACCAUACAGGCACCCAGACACCGCAGAGUACACAGACACCGCACUACACAAACCCCGAGUACUCCAGACACCGCAGAGUACCCAGACACCGCGAGUGGCCAGGCGAGACACCGCAGUACACAAAACCCCGCAGUACUCCAGACACUGCAGUACACAGACACCGCAGUACACAAACCCCGUGAGUACCCAGACACCGCAGUACACAGACACCUCCCUGCAGUACACAAACCCCUGCAGUACCCAGACACCGCGAGUACACAGACACUGCAGUACACAAACCCCGCAGUACCCAGACACCGCAGGCACACAGACACUGCAGACACAAACCCUGCAGUACCCAGACACCGCAGAGUACCCAGACACCGCAGAGUACCCAGACACCGCAGCACACAAACCCCGUAGUGCAUUCCAGACACACCGCAGUACCCAGACACCGCAGCACAAACCCCGCAGUACCCAGACACCGCAGUACCCAGACACCGCAGUACACAGACCCCUGCAGUACACAGACACCGCAGCACAGACACCGCAGCACAGACACCACAGUACCCAGACACCGCAGUACACAGACACUGCAGCACACAAACCCCCAGGCACCCACACCGCGAUACCCAGACACCGCAGUACCCAGACACUGCAGUACACAAACACUGCAGCACACAGACCUGCAGUACCCAGACACCGCAGUACCCAGACACCGCAGCACAGACACCGCAGUACACAGAGACACUGCAGCAUACAGACCCUGCAGUACCCAGACACUGCAGUACACAAACCCCUACCCAGACACCGCAGCACACAGACCCCUGCAGGUACACAGACACCGCAGUACACAGACACCACAGUACACAGACACCGCAGUACACAAACCCUGCAGUACCCAGACACCGCAGUACACAAACCCCUGCAGUACAUAGACACUGCAGUACACAGACACCGCAGUACACAGACCCUGCAGUACAAACCCCUGCAGUACACAGACACCGCAGCACACAAACCCCUGCAGCACACAGACACCGCAGUACACAGACACUGCAGUACACAAACCCCUGCAGCACACAGACCAAGAGUACCCAGACACCGCAGUACCCAGGACACACCGCAGUACACAAACCCCCCAGUACACAGACACCGCAGUACACAAACCCCUGCAGUACACAGACCCUGCAGCACACAGACACCGCAGUACCCAGGACACUGCGAGGCACACAGGACACUGCAGUACACAAACCCUGCACAGACCCCUGCAGUACCCAGGACACCGCAGCACACAGACACCGCAGUACACAGACCCCGCAGUACACAGACACCGCAGUACACAGACACCGCAGUACACAGACCCCUGCAGCACACAGACCCUGCAGUACCCAGACACCGCAGCACAGACACUGCAGUACACAGACCCCUGGGCAGUACCCAGACACCGCAGCACCCACACCGCAGCAUACAGACCCCUGCAGCACACAGACCCUGCAGUACUCCAGACACUGCAGUACACAGACACUGCAGUACACAGACCUUGAGCACACAGAGACACUGCAGCACAUGGACACCGCAGCACACAGACACCCGAGCACCCAGACCCCUGCAGCACACAGACACCGAGUACCCAGACACUGCAGUACAUGCAGACACCCCAGUACCCAGACACCGCAGUACCCAGACACCGCAGUACCCAGACACUGCAGUACACAGACACUGCAGUACCAGACACCGCAGUACCCAGGACCCUGCAGCACACAGACACUGCAGCAUACAGACACUGCAGCACACAGACACUGCAGUACACAAACCCCGCAGUACCCAGACACUGCAGCACACAACCCCUGCAGUACCCAGACACCAGUACCCAGGACACUGGGCAGGCACACAGACACCGCAGUACACAGACCCCUGCAGUACCCAGACACCGCAGUACACAGACACCAAGAGUACCUGA